GUUUACUUAUCCAGACAGACAAGUAGACUGACGAUGCACUUAAAUAAAACAAUAUACAAAAGAAGUGAAUUUCCCCUGGGUGAAUUUCGAAAUAAAACUACUUAGGAAGUUCCUAAGUAUCUAUUUUCAGAUUUUCUGUCCAAGUAUAAAAGCUGAGAAUCUUAAAUUCACAUUCAGCGUUAGCUGUCUUGAAGUUUGCGGUAAGAAAAAUGUUAUAUCGAGUACACCUCGUUUUCUUUGCCUUUUUUCUCUCGGAGUGCCGAGGCAGGCAGAUCACCGUUCAGAAUAUUUCCUCCGCAACAGGUGACAGUAAAUCUCUGGAAAACUUCGUGUUCGACCUGAAGUUCAGUAUCGGCAGCGUGUCCGGCAAGGAUUUGUCUAAUCCAAUAGAACUGUCCAAAACGGCAACACCCAGCCCAGUCCAGUACGUAACGGAUGGGGACUGGACCGUAGUUUUCAAAGCUCAGAGUCUAACGGGAAUUUCUCCCUUUGAAAUCUACAAUUCCAAAGGUAUUCGAAACGAAAUCAGGGGUUCCUAUCCCGAAUCUUGUGCGGCGUUGGCCAAAGUUCCCGGAUGUUUCACGCCAUACAGAACUGGCCUGAUCGAUGAAUGGGAAAAACUGGAUGUUCAACAGGUUCGGUUUUUAAUCAUCAUCAAUAGCGACACCUGUACUAAGAGAGAAGUCAUUUUUGACGGGAGACUGAGUACCAAUACCAACUGGUUUACCAAAGAACGCGUCCUGAGCUCCACGUGGACUGAUCUGACUGCAAACCAAACCUACAAUCUCUUCUCUUUCAACGGAAUACAAGAUGUAAGAGUGAAUAGACACUGGUCAAUCUCGCAUAACUUUGGAGGAUGUCCGAAUGACAGGGCGUGGUUUACCACGUCGUUUUACCCUCCCACUGGCUGUCGUUUUGAUAAACGAAAAUCUGCCAUGCCGAACUUUGUGGUAUGCCCUGGAACCAAAAUGUGCAACAUGCAGAGAGAGUCUAUCAAUGCGGACGCGUUCGCCAUCAUGAUUAAAGCUAAGAACAAGCUACCAGAGCAAUAGAAGAUACCUCAAGGUCCGUGACGUCACAGAGCAAGAAGAAACGUAGCAACCGGAAGAGCUAGCAGCCUUAUGUUAUUCUAUAAGAUAAAUAUAAUGUGGUUUUAAUAUACAAUUUCACCCAGUUGCUGUUGCACUCUUAGCUAUUGUUCUUUUAUAUAUGUGGGUCAGACAUGAGAUUUAAUCAAUGAGCUGUACAAUCGGUACACGUAGGUACUACUAAAGGUGACCAGACUGAGAGCUUGUGGAAACAGGCAUACAAUCUAGCUCCAUUUGUUGAAGAGAAAAUGUUUCAAUAGCACAUGACCUGAACACAAUUGUUCUAUUUGUAUAUAAUUACAAUCAAAAUAAAAGUGUGUAUCAAGCUA